CUCUAUUUUAUAGGCACAUUUGGUUCAACAGUCAAUAUCCAAAUUAAUGAGUAAAAUAUAUACUAUUAAUUAAUAAAUAAUGCAGGAACUUCCAAAUACUCAAAUUACUCGUGCAGAUGAUGAAAACAUUGUUGGAAAUCCUGUCGGAGUUUUGCAAGAACUGUGCCUUUCCAAAGGAUGGACACUACCACUUUACGAGUUAGAGCACGAAGAAGGUCCUGCACAUGAACGCCAAUUUACAAUAUCUUGCCUAGCUUUAUCUCGAAAGGAAUACGGAAGUGGUAAGUCAAAGAAAUUGGCAAAACGAAUGGCCGCCCACAAAAUGUGUAGAAGAAUCGAUGAAUUGGGACUUCAAAAUGAUACAGAAACCACAGAACCUUACAAAAUAAAACUUGUACUGGACAUCCUAUUUAAUCAUUUAAAAAUCGGAGCAUCAUUUGGUAUAAGAAAUCGAGGAAAAAUUUUAAUUACCACUAUGUUUUUGGUUUUAAUUAUGUUGGCAAUAUAUUAUUUUAUUGAUUAUGAGGUUACAUGUACUGCCCUAACAACUUUUCCUUUAGAUACUGAGGAACUGGACUAAAUACCGUAAAUUAGUUAAAGAAAAAGCAAAAAUGUUUUCCCGUAUUCGUUUUGAUUUUUAAUAAACUACAAAAACAAUUAA